UAUUUUUACAUUGUCCGAUCAUUACAAAACCCUACUUCAACCCCCCCCCAGGGGAAAAACAGACGCCGAAAUCGGGAAAUGGCUUCGUCUAUUGCUAUUCGAUCUCGCCUUGUGCCGAGUUUACUCAAGCUUCGAUCUCGCAACCCAAGGAGGGCGUUAUUCUCUACGGAAGCAUCUUCUUCUUCUUCGAAUCCUUCAUCGAAGGUCUCCUCUAGCCAGCAGCAGUCCCUCUUUUCUGAUUUUCCACCGCCAAAUCACCUCCCUCCUCCUGAAGCAGCCGCGGAGGGAGCGGUGGGGAAGGAGCGGAAAGGUCUAAAGUACCUAAGUAACGGACUCAUCUGGGCAUUCACUGGUGCUACCGCUGCAGUUGGUUACACAAGCUAUGCUUACACAUUAGAUGAAGUGAAUGAAAAGACUAAGUCCUUCCGUGAAUCAGCUAUGAAGCCACCACCUCCUGCUCUUGAUUCUUCCUCCGCCAUUGAUAAAUAUCAGGCAAUGUUGUACUCUGCUGCCAUCAAAGUUCCUGCUAGAGCCAUUGAAAUGUAUUUGGAGCUCAGGGAACGUGUGGAGGAACAUGUUAAAGGCUUUACAGAACCUCUCUCGGAAAAGCUUCUUCCUGAUUUGCAUCCCUCCGAACAGAAUGUAGUCUACACUCUCGUUCUUGAUUUGAAUGAGACCCUUCUUUACACUGACUGGAAGCGAGAAAGAGGGUGGAGGACGUUCAAAAGACCCGGUGUGGAUGCAUUCUUGGAGCACCUUGGCAAAUUCUAUGAGAUUGUCGUCUAUUCUGACCAGAUGGAUAUGUAUGUAUAUCCGGUCUGUGAGAAGUUAGACCCGAAUGGCUAUAUACGUUAUAAGCUAGCAAGAGGUGCUACUAAAUAUGAGAAUGGGAAGCACUACAGGGAUCUGUCGAAGCUGAACAGAGACCCGAAGAGGAUUCUGUAUGUUAGCGGGAAUGCUUUUGAUACAAGCCUUCAGCCUGAGAACUGUGUGCCAAUCAAGCCUUACAAACUGGAGUCUGAUGAUACGGCGCUUGUUGAUCUUAUACCCUUCCUCGAAUAUGUUGCACGUAACGGUCCAGCGGAUAUCAGACCGGUCCUAGCCUCUUACGAGAGAAAAGAUGUUGCCAAAGAGUUCCUUGAGAGGUCCAUUGAGUAUCAAAAGCGAAUGCAAGGACAAAGACAAGGUCGACUCUGGAGGCGCUAGAAGGAUCUAAAAACAUUUUAUGUAUAGUGAGAGACGAUUAUAUCCUCAUUGAUGCAUUACACCAUAAAAACAGGAGCAGGAGCUUACUGUUCUUCGCUCUGGGGGAGUUUUAGGUAAACUCCAAACUAAAAAUCGUGUCUUUACUCAUCAAAAAAGAGUUGUGUUAUGUGUGACCUUCUGUCUCGGAUUUACAAAGUAAACUUUUUCCAUGAGAGUUUCCUUUUUAUACGAUUAGCAAAUUUAUGUUGCUCUAAUCUAACUACCAAAUGAAUUAAUUAUGAUUAUGAAUUUUGAGAA